AUGGACAAAUCUGUCAUUGGAGGAGAGGUGCUCAAUAAUGAGGCAUUCGACUAUAUUAGUAAUGUGCAGAAGGAGGUUAACAAAGAUGGCACGGUCACUUAUAAAGUCGGCAUGCGCCGAUUCUAUUGCCCUCCUCCAGCUGACCCUACAGAUGAUUAUGUUCCUGAAUUGAUCACAUCGAAGAGAACUGAAAACAAUGUGCAGGAGUACAGACGGGCACCAUAUCAAAAAUAUCGACACCGUGCUUUCCAGGUUGGUUGA